CUCGGAUUGCUCUGUUUUCGUGGUCUUGCAAAAAAAAAAUCAUUAAUUCUCUGUUUCUUCUGCUCCAGUCAACGUAUAUUUUCAGAUUCGAGCGUUGAUAGUAAAAGGAUGGUGAAGCUUUUGGAGCUGUUCAUAACUUCAUCGAAACCAGUCGUUGAGAUUCUAUUGAUAACAUCUGUUGGAUUUUAUAUGGCUCUCGACGGUGUCAAUCUUCUUGGUCAAGAUGCUCGCAAAUAUUUGAACAACAUUGUCUUCUAUGUGUUUAGCCCUUCGCUUAUUGGAAGCCGUUUAGCUGAUAGUGUUACAUAUGAAAGCUUGGUCAAAAUGUGGUUUAUGCCGGUUAAUGUUCUGUUGACAUUCAUCAUUGGUUCGUUAUUAGGCUGGAUUGUUAUUGUCAUCACUAAGCCUCCUUCACAUCUUCGUGGUCUCAUUCUUGGUUGUUGUGCUGCUGGGAAUUUGGGGAACAUGCCACUAAUUAUAAUCCCAGCCGUUUGUAAAGAAAAAGGAGGUCCCUUUGGAGAUCCUGAGAGUUGUCAAAAAUAUGGAAUGGGUUAUGUUGCUCUCUCCAUGGCAAUGGGAUCGAUUUACAUAUGGACUUACGUAUACAAUCUUAUGCGUGUGCUGUCGAACUCUCCCGUUGAAACCCCUCCCUCUGUUGAAUCUAACGACGACAGCUACAAAGUUCCAUUUAUUUCUUCUAAGGAAGAAGAAGAAGAAGACAACCAAAAGGCUGGGAGGUGGGAAAAAGUCAAGAGGAGAUUGGUUUCACUGUCAGAGAAAGUCAACCUUAAGACGAUAUUUGCUCCAUCAACCAUAGCUGCGAUGAUAGCGCUUGUGAUCGGGCUCAUUACUCCGUUAAGGAAGCUAAUAAUCGGCACGGAAGCUCCUCUCCGGGUGCUUCAAGACUCAGUAACUCUAGUGGGAGAUGGGGCUGUUCCUGCUACGACCAUGAUUAUAGGAGGAAACUUACUCAAAGGUUUGAGGAGUUCAGGAAUGAAAAAGUCCAGCAUUAUCGGUGUCUUGGUUGCACGAUACAUUUUGCUGCCUAUAAGCGGUGUUUUAAUCGUUAGAGGAGCAUAUAAGUUGGACUUAGUUACCUCAGAACCCUUGUACCAAUUCGUGCUUCUUCUUCAAUAUGCUGUCCCACCAGCCAUGAGUCUAGGUACAAUUACUCAGUUAUUUGGAGCUGGGGAGAGUGAAUGCUCAGUGAUUAUGCUCUGGACUUACUCUUUGGCUUCGAUUUCACUCACUAUUCUAGCUUUGGAAGUAGAGAUGAAGCUUUUGGAAUUGUUCAUAGCUUCAUCGAAACCAGUUGUGGAGACUCUGUUGAUAACAUCAGUUGGAGUUUAUUUGGCUCUCGACAGCGUCAAUCUUCUUGGUCAUGAUGCUCGCAAACAUUUGAACAACAUUGUCUUCUAUGUGUUUAGUCCUUCGCUUAUUGGAAGCCGCUUAGCUGAUAGUGUUACAUAUGAAAGCUUGGUCAAAAUGUGGUUCAUGCCGGUUAAUGUUCUGCUCACAUUCAUGAUUGGUUCGUUACUCGGCUGGAUUGUUGUUGUCAUCACUAAGCCUCCUUCGCAGCUUCGUGGUCUCAUCAUUAGUUGUUGUGCUGCUGGGAAUUUGGGGACUAUGCCUCUCAUUAUAAUCCCAGCCAUUUGUAAGGAAAAAGGAGGUCCCUUUGGAGAUCCUGAGAGCUGCGAGAUAAACGGAAUGGGCUAUGUUGCACUCUCCAUGACUAUGGGAACGAUUUACUCAUGGACUUAUAUAUACAAUCUUAUGCGUGUGCUAUCGAACUCUUCCGUUGAAACCCCACACUCAGUUGAAUCCAACUAUGACAGCUGCAAAGUCCCACUAGUUUCUUCCAAGGAAGAAGAAGACAACCAUAAGGUUGGGAGGUGGGAAAAAGUCAAGCGAAGAGUUGUUUCUAUAUCAGAGAAAGUCAACCUUGGGUCAAUAUUUGCUCCUGCAACUAUUGCUGCAAUUAUCGCGCUUGUGAUUGGGCUCAUUACUCCUUUAAGGAACCUUGUUAUCGGCACGGUAGCACCUCUCCGUGUGGUUCAAGACUCAUUAACUCUAUUGGGCGAUGGGGCCAUUCCUGCUAUGACCUUAAUUCUUGGAGCAAACCUACUCAAAGGUUUGAGGAGCUCAGGAAUGAGGACUUCAGGAAUGAAAAAUUCCAGCAUUAUUGGAGUCUUGGUAGCUCGUUACAUUUUGUUACCUAUAAGCGGUGUUUUACUCGUAAGAGCAGCAUAUAAGUUGGGUUUAGUUACCUCAGAACCCUUGUACCAAUUCGUUCUUCUUCUUCAGUAUGCUGUUCCACCAGCCAUGAAUCUAGGUUCGUAGCUACAAACCAACUCUUUAACUUGAGAAAUAUUUUUUGCUUCUGUGUAUCAGAUCAUAAGAUUUGCUACUUUAUAGGUACAAUGACCCAAUUAUUCGGAGCUGGGGAGAGUGAAUGCUCAGUGAUUAUGCUUUGGACUUACUCUUUGGCUUCGAUUUCACUCACUGUUUGGCCCACAUUCUUCAUGUGGCUCGUGGCAUAAAUCCCCACACUCGUU